CAGGAAAUGUUUUCAAAACAACAGCUCAUGCUGUAGUGUGCACUGACCGUGCCUUUUAACUGUAAACUACAAAAAUGUCCGAAAAUAAAAGCAUACAGCCGUGGUCUUCAGAAGAAACCAGCGUGCUGCUCGCGAUAUGGUCUUCCACAGAGAUCCAGGAGAAACUGGAGAGCACGAAAAGAAAGAAAAGAGUUUACGAUGAGAUGAGCCAAGAAAUGCUAAACGGGGGCUUCAGUCGCUCCUCUGACCAAAUCAUAAACAAAUUGAAAAAGCUUAGGAAGGAGUACAGGGACCUGAAAAGAAAACCAGGUAAAAGUGUCAGUGGACAGAUUAAUAAAACAUUUGACCACGACGUUAUGGAGUCUGUGCUUGAACAGCGACCUUCCAGUCGACUGAACGGGGCCUUGAAUUCAGCGACAGCCGAGGGCGACACAAACAAGGACCCCGUUGUGUUUUCUGUAGCUGAGCUAGGUAGCAAAGUAUCUGAGCACAAAACCGCACAGCAGUGGUCUUCAGAGGAAACCAGCGCGCUGCUAGCGAUAUGGUCUUCCACAGAGAUCCAGGAGAGAUUGAGGAGCUCAAAAAGGACGAAAAGAGUGUAUGAUGACAUAUGCCAAGAGAUGGUAAAUGCUGGGUUUACCCGUACAACCGACCAAAUCAUUAAUAAACUAAAAAAACUCAAAAAGGAGUGCAGGGACAAAAAGAAGGAGAAAAGUAAAAGCAGCAGCCAGUGGAGCAAUAAAACAACUAACAAUGAUGUUACGGACACUGUGCUGGAACGCCUACCAGCGAGUCAGUUUACUGAAGCAUUAAAUUCAGCAACAGCCAUGCUUGAGAUGAAUGCGGAAUCGCUGUCUUCUGCAGCUGAUCUCGAGUCUUCACUUGAGGAGGUGCUGGACCAAGCUGAAUCAUCCUUCCGCCCAUCUCAAUCCCAACCAAAAAAGUCUCUGGGAACAACCAGAAUAAGGAAGAGAGAUUCAAACCAGGAGCUGCUGGAAUACUUGAAAACUGCAGAUGAACGGUUUAUGGCACAUGCCAAAGAACUUAAUACUGCAAUUCUUAAUAAAAUGGAUGAAGCUACGAAUUCUAUGCUGGGACUAUUGGGACGCAUGGUGGCGCUAAUGGAGGAACAGCAAGGAAACAAGACAUGAACACAGGAUUCCUUUUGAACACUUUAUUUCUCAUUUGCACACUUCUUACAUUUCAAAGUCAAAGCAAAACCUAAAUCAAUUCUUAGAUUACUUUCUUAAUAUUCAAUCCAGGUAUUUGGAAUUAUCAUUUUGUACAUGUUAUUACAGAAAAACCUUCAUUAAUCUAUCAUUAAAAUGUAAUGACUUGCUCUACCCAUUAAAUUACUUUUUAUGCUUGAUGACAUCAACUCCUCCCCUCCAACCAGCUGUCAUAUAGUCCAUGUCCAGCUAGUAUCUUCACAUGAUACUAAAGAUGUCUUUGACAGGAGUUAAGUGAUUCAAGCGAAACCACUAGGACACUGUUGAGGCCGACCUCAAUCCCUCCUUCAUAACUUUAAUUAAAAGACAGAUGAAAGUGACAGAUGACAUCG